AUGGUUUCGGCCGCAGUGAUGGCUCUGAAGACGUCUGCUCUUCCCGGAGACUUUGUUAAUUUUUACGCGUGGUUCGGCCUUAUACCCUCUUAUUCUUCAGCAGCAGAAGAAGGUUUUUCUUUGUCUUGUUUAGAUGAGUGGUUUGGGUGGCGUUUUGCUGCUAUCAAUGCCUUCUCGCUGCCCAGAAUACACCAUGCAGUUUCAGGCUACGGUUUCAAGGGUUGCAAGUUCAGGAUAAGCGAGCUGCGGAUGGCAACCCCCCAGAGCUGUCCGUACACCCCAGCGCAGACAGCAGCAGAUAUAGAAGAACUCCUCCUUGCUGCUGCUGCUCCAAGCCGCAGCACGAAAUCUAGCAGCAGUAGCAGCAGUAGCACAAAAUGUAGCAGCAGCACGGCAGCAGCAGCAGCAGCAGCAGCAAGGGGAGAGCUGCCUUGGGAAGAAGUGCUGCUGCUGCUGCAGCAGUGGGGAGAGUUCCGGCAGCAGCAGCAGCAGCUCUGCUGCCAGCUUCAGCAGCUUGUGCGGCAUCGGCUGCUAUUCGAUGAGGCCCCUGCAGCAGCAGCAGAAGCAGCAGCAGCAGCUGCUGCUGCCGCAGCAGCAGCAGAAGCUGAAACAGCAGCAGUGCAUAUCGCGGCUGUCAGCAACACAAACCCUCUAAAGGCGUUGGAGCUGUUUGGGGAAGCUCUGCAGCAGCAGCAACAUCAGCAGCAGCAGAAGCAGCAGCAGCAGCAGCUGCUGCAGCAACGGUGCAGUAGCAAGGUUCUCGCUGCAGCAGCAGCCGCUUCUCCGGGCUCGCUAGAGUGCAUGCUGCUGUACUUAGACGACCGCAUAGCUGCAGCAAAGACACAAAUUGCUGCUGCAGCAGCAAACUUCAGCAGCAGUACCACCACUGCUACAGCCAUGCGGCUGCAGGUGCUGGCUCAGGCUGCUGCUGAAUCUCUCUUCCCCCGUCGGGCAGCAGCAGCAGCUGCUGCUGCUGCUGCUGCAGCAAAACGCAAAAAUAAACGCCGGGGGAAGCGGAAUGCUGCAGCAGCCAAAGCACCACUGCAGCAGCAGCAGCAGCAGCAAGGAGCGCAGGAGGACCUGCAGCACCAGCAGGAGCAGCAGCAGGAACAGCAGCAGCAGCAAACGCUAGAGCAGCAACAGCAGGAACCAAAGCAGCAACCGCAGCGAGAACUAACUGAAGAAGAGGCAGCAGCAGCAGCAGCAGAAGCAGCUGACCUGCAGCAGAUCGCUGCUGCAUGCGAGGAUCUGCUGCGCUCUGUAAAGGCCUAUGCUGCUUUUGCUGCUGCUGCUGCUGCUGCUGCAGCAGACGGUCUCCUUGGCUGUAGUAUGGAUAUGUAUGACAGAGAAAUAGAGUUGCUGCCUCCUCUUCAAGAAGCAGCAGCAAUUGCAGAAAAAAGAGCAGCAGCAGCAGCUGCUGCUGCUGCUGCAGCUGCUGCUGAGAAUGAGGGGAGCGCGGAGGGGUGA